UCAUCCAACCGCUUCUGCUAUAACUCCUUCAAUUUUGAUUUCUUUAUCUCUCAAUUAUUAUUAUCAUUAUAAAUUUUUUUUUAUUUUAAAUAAAUAUUUAUAUAUUUUUAUGAUAAAAAACAGUAGUAGUAAUUUUUUUUUAAAUUUUUUUCACAUCAUUAAUUUUGUUCGUUACACUUCAUAGGAACACUUUAAAUAUUAACAAUUUUUUAAUUAUCAUUAAAAUUGUUUAAUAUAAGAAUGUACUGGAGUAUUUAUUUGUUGAAUUUUAAUUGUGGAUUUUAAUAAUAUAAAAUUUAAAGAUGACAGUACCAGAAUGUACAUUGGAUAUAUCAAAUGUAUCCUAUUCAGCAUCAAUGAAUAUUGGAGGUAGUGGAUGUAUAUCAAAAACAGAACCAACUGCUGUUUUACGUGAUGUAUCAGCAAGAGUUCAUGGUGGUGAAGUUUUAGCUGUAUUAGGAUCAAAAGGUUCUGGUAAACGUGCACUCCUUGAUGUCAUAGCUGGAAGAGCUAUUGGUGAAACAAGAGGAAGAAUAAGUCUUGGAGGUAGUUUAUUAACACCAGAAUUAUUUCGUCGUCAUGGUGGAUAUGUUGCACAUCGUUGUUAUUUAUUAUCAAGUUUAACUGUACGUCAAACAUUAACAUAUUCAAUGUCACUUGCAAAUUUAAAUAAUCGUGAAUUACGUGUACGUCAAACACUUGCUGAUUUGGCAUUAUCACAAGUUGCAAAUCGUUCAAUUAAUGAUUUAACAAAAGCUGAAUAUCGAAGAAUAAUGCUUGGUGUACAAUUAGCUAAAGAUCCAAUGUUAUUAUUAUUAGAUGAACCAACAUGGGAUACUGAUCCAUUAAAUACAUAUCUUAUUGUUUCAAUGUUAUGGUCUUAUGCAACAAAACGUGGAUCAAUUGUUGUAUUAACAAUGGAAACACCAAGAUCUGAUGUAUUACCAUUUGUUAGUCGUGUUACAUUACUUUGUCUUGGUGCUGUUGUUUAUUCUGGACCAACAAGAAGUAUGCUUGAUUAUUUUGCAUAUGUUGGAUUUCCAUGUCCAGAACUUGAAAAUCCACUUAUGUAUUAUCUUUGUUUAUCAACUGUUGAUCGACGAUCACGUGAAAGAUUUCUAGAAUCAAAUCAACAAAUAUCAGUGUUAGUUGAAAAAUUUAAAAUUGAAGGAAAUUUAUAUAUGAAAGAAGCACCACAAGGAUCACCAAGUAUCAAAGAAAUGCCAGUUGGUUUUAUACACAAAGGUCUUGGUCAUGGAAUUAGACCUGGUUGUUUUUCUACACUUCUUGCACUUUAUUUACGAGGACUUGCUGCAACAUUUUCUUUUAACAAAUGUGGUCUUGGACACUUUGCAGCACGUUUAUUAAUAUUACCAUUUUGUUUAUCAUUAUUGAGUAUUUUAUAUUCUCAUUCAAGUCCACUUCAAUCACGUUAUUUUAUGCAAACUGGAGGAUUGGUUUUUAAUUGUCUUGCAUUAUUUUACAUUAUUGGAAUUGCUACAACAGCUUUGUUAUUUCCUGGUUUUCGAGCAAGAUAUUAUCAAGAAAAACGUGAGGGUCUUUAUGGUGGUACAAUGUUUUUAACGGCCUAUACAUUAUUGAGUUUACCAUUGAGUUUUAUAUCAACAAUAAUAACAGUUGGUAUACUGGUACCAACACUUGAUUUAAAUUUAUUAUCAUGGGCUUAUGCAUCUGGUAUUUUUUGGUCAAGUUAUAUUAUUGCUGAACAACUUUCAAUAUCAUUUUUAAUGGUUAUUAAACGUCCAUUUAUUGGUGCAAUAACUGCAUUAUAUUUUACUUUAAUAUCAUUGUUAAUUGCAUCUGGUGGUCUUCGUAGUAUUCGUAAUUUACCAAAUUACAUGUCAACAUUAUCAAAUGCUUUACCAACAAGAUAUGCAUCACUUGCUAUUAAUGAAUUAAUCAUUGAUAUGCCAAAUCGUACGACAAAUUUAGCUUAUAAUGAGAGUUUAUCUUGUCCAGGUAUACCUGGUUUAUGCAGAUAUGCUAAUGGUGGUGCUUAUAUUGUUGAAAGAUUUAUACGAGAUGGUGAAACAGAUGUUUCAAGAAUUUUAAAUGUCGAACUUAAUUUAUUAAUAUCACUCACAUUUGCACUUAGUUUUGUUAUUUUUAAUAGUAUUUUAUAUUUAUUACCAUUACCAUCAAAAGUUAAAGCUAAAUUUCGCGAAUAACUUUUCUUUUUUUUUUUUAAUUUAUCAAAUAAUAGCUAUUUUAUUUUUUAUUUCUAUACAUAUAUAUUUUUUUUUUCUUUCGUUAUAAAAUGAAAUUUUUUAAAACUAAAUUAGUUUUAGUCUUUUUUUUUUAUAAUUUACAAUUAAUUACAAAUUUUUUUGUUUUUUGUAUGAUACAAAUAAUAAAAAUUAAACAAAAAAAAAAAAAAUAUAAAAUGCAAAAAAAGAAAAAUCAAUUAAACUUAACUUUCAUUGUCAUCAACUUGACCCAUGACUUUUAUAUCAUCAGCAACAGAAAAUUCACAACCAGUUGAACUAACGAUUUCACUUAUUUCGACAUCUGGUGCGAGUUCAAUGAGUUUUAAACCUUCACCUUUUAU